AAGGAAGAAGGAAUGAAGGAAGAAAUCAAGGAGAUAGAAGGAAGCCUGAAGGAAGCAUAUGAGGAAAUAGAGAAAAGGAGGAAGAAGGAAGAAGAAAUGAAGGAAGAUAUUAAGCAGAUUGAAGGAAAAUUGAAGGAAACACAAGAGGAAAUACAGGAGAUUGAGGGAAAACUGAAGGGAGCACAUGCAGAAAUAAUGGAAAGGAAUAAGAAAGAAGAAGAAAUGAAGAAAGAAAUUAAGGAGAUGCAAGAAAAACUAAAGAAAGCACAAGAGGAAAUACAGGAGAUUGACAGAAAACUGAAAGGAGCACAUGAUGAAAUAAUGGAGAGAAAGAAGAAGAAAGAAGGAAUGAAGGAAGAAAUUAAUGAGAUAAAAGGAAAACUGAAGGAAACACAGGAGAGGACAAAGGAAGAAGGAUUGAAGAUGGAAGAGAAACUGAAGAAGAAAGAAGAGGAAAUAGGAGAAUUAAGGAAUAAAUUGGCAGAUAAAGCAAAUGAGACAAUGAACUUACUAGUGGAGAAGGCAGGUUUAGAGGUGGAGAAAAGUCAGCUUUGUAGUAAGAUGGAUUCCCUCACUCACAGAAACAAGCAAAUGGUUGGUGAAAUGAGAGGAAGUGAGAACAGCAAGAGCAGAAAUUCUCACUCUUAAGACCAAAUGUGCCCAGAAGGCUAAGGAAAUGAAGAGGAAGGAGGAGGAAAUGAAGAAGAAGGAGGAAGAGAUGAGGAAGAGAAAAGAGGAAAUGAGUGGACAUAUCACUCAGCUAAAGGAGACACAUAAUGAUAAGUUAAGAAAUUUGGAAAAGGAGAGAGAGAAUCUGCAAAAUAAACUAGAUGAAAUGGAGGAAAGUGUUUCUGAGAGAAUGGAGAUGAGAAAGAAGAUGAACAGUCUAGAGGAAGCAAAUGAUAUCUUAAAUGUGAAGAUCUCUCUCAUGAAAGCAAAAAUGAAACAUUUGAGAAGUGUUGGCACUGCAAGUGAGAGGCAGGGAGAUGGCGGGGAGGAAUGUCAGGGAGAAGUGGACAAGAUAUCAGAAUGCCUUGGAAAGAGAGUAAGGGAAGAAGAGAAUACUUGUAUUAAUUUUAGAAAGAAAUGGAAAAUAGAUGCAAGAAAGGAGGAGAAGGAAGAAAAUGAGAGUGAAAGUAAGGAAGAGAAUGAAUACCCAAGCAAGAGUAAGGAAGAGAGUAAGAGCAUCAGGGAAAGAAGAGGAGAACCAAUCACAGAUUCACAAAACACUCAAGUUAUUCCAGCAACAAUUGAUUUGACCUCACAGCGACCCACAGAUGCAAACCGAGGUCAUGUUGGGGUCAAGAUGAGUUGCAGAGUGACCCGCAUUAUGUCCAGGUCACAGGGGUCCCAGCAGCAGCACCUUGAAUCAGCAAAGGUCACAACAAGGAAGGAGAGGAAGCAAGAAAAUGUGAAUGCAGUGAAGGAAAGAGGAUUGGAAGGACUGUCCAGUAAGGUGAAGGAAGGGCUGAACAGUCUUCCUACAGGAUCUGAUAGUCCUGGGAUAAUCAGGAGGUCCACAGCUGUUGCUACUAUUUCCAGGAGGAAGAAAUUACUGCCAUUAAGAGCCAUAGAUACCAACAGUCCUUGCAAAAUGAGGGAAAAUGAGUGUAAGAGAUCCCUACGCUCCUCUUCUUCCUCUAUCUCCUCUUCCUCCUCUUCAGCUGCUGCUGCCGCCAAAUUAAGGACUCGAGCACGCAGACCAAAGUACCAGAAAGAUGAGGAUUGUAAGACACAGUAACUCUCUCUCUCUCUCUCUCUCUCUCUCUCUCUCUCUCUCUCUCUCUCUCUCUCUCUCUCUCUCUCUCUCUCUCUCUCAAGUUCUAAAAGGAUUAAUUUUUCUUUCUUUUCUAUUUUCAAGGAAUUAAUGUUUUUCUUUUCUUUUUUUCAUUCUUUUUAUUUUUCAUGUUUAGAGUGAGGAAACAACUUUUUUUCUUUUAACUAUUGUAUUAUUAUUGUUGGGAUAAGAAACUAUUCUAUCAACUACUUUUUAUUAUUUCCUUUACUAUUGAUACAACUGCUAUUAUUAUUGCUACUGUUAUAUCAUCAGUAAGUUUCGUUUAUUAUUAGGAAAAGUACAAUUAGUUUUAACACACUUUAAUUUUUCACCUCAAGGAAAUUUGUAUUAUUAUGAAAUUCUUCUUGGCAUGUCUGUCUGCCAUAUUCUCUCUCUCUCUCUCUCUCUCUCUCUCUCUCUCUCUCUCUCUCUCUCUCUCUCUCUCUCUCUCUCUCUCUCUCUCUCUCUCUCUCUCUCUCUCUCUCACCAUGGUUAUCAAGGUUUUUAUGAUGCUUCUAGUUAACACUAUUUUUUGUUUUCCGCUAAUGUAGAAAAUAAAAUCCAUUUCAUUUAUUUA